CCUCCAUUGACAGACGAAAACAUCGACCUGAAGAACUUCGAUAACUCGGGAGGCAGUCAUGGUCAUUUCUUGAAGUAAGGGUAUUGUUCUGCAUUUGCAACAGAACUGUCAGGAUGAAGUGCCAUCAAAUCCUGACCGGUGCUUGCAAUGCAGGUGAUCGCUGCUUUGCUGUUGGGAGUGUGGAGGGGAUCCCUUUUACAGCAUAUGCUGCUGGGUGCAACAUUGUCAUUCUUGCCAGUAAUUUUGAGCGAGUGCAAGUGAUACCAGGGGUAUGUCAUGAUAAUGUACAGAUCUCAUGUGUCGACUGCUCCACUGACACAGGAAAAAUUGCUGCAGCCUAUGGGAAAUUGGUGUGCAUUUUUGAACCCACUCCACUUGUGAAUCAGAACAACACACAUCGACUAGAUUACCGAUGGAUUCAGACAGGAGUCAUCGAAGCCGAGAGCUACAUAAAUACCAUGUCAUGGAACUUGGAGGGAACGCGUCUCCUAACAGCAGGAGAUAUUUUACAGAUGUGGGCAGCCCCUUUAACAAGAAUUGGUGGAGGUGAAGAUGGUUCAGGGCCAGUUACAUUUGAUCUAGAAUGUGACGGUGGAGAUGAUGAAGAGCCAUCCUGGACAUGCAUCUGGAGGUGUGUGACUGCUGCUCCCACUGUCUUUCUAUCUUUUUCCUCGGAUGGCACACUGUUUGCUACAGCUGCUGCCAAUGAUCGGUUGGUCAAGAUUUGGUAUGACAACAAGCAUAUUCUUGCACCAGCUCGGCCACAGGAUGGAACAACAUUUGCCAGUGAUCUGACACGAUCCUCAGUUAGUUUUAGCUAUAUUUAUCUACCCCACCCAAGUGCUGUUAAAGGAUUCACAUGGAGAUCAACCAGCAAAUACAUGCCAAAGGGAAGUGUCAGCAACAUGUUGGUCACCUCUUGUCGUGAUAACAUCUGCCGCAUUUGGGUUGAGACAGUGUUGCCAGAUGAUGGACUUGUUUCCCUUCAUCAUUUGGAUCCAGUGGCUGCACAGAAUCCACGUUUUCGCACACAUCGCCACAAGCACCGGUUCAUGCAAAGGUUAAAGCACAUGAAAGCCUGUUUCCAAAUGAGGAGACAUGUGAAGACUGGAGGUAACAUAAUGGGGAGUCUUGCUGGGAUUGGAGUAGAGCCGCUCCCUACUCUUCCGUCAUCCUAUUCUGUUCAUGAUUUCCACAUGUAUGGCAUCCAUGGCACAGGCAUUACACCAGGCUUCCAGUUCCAUCUAGCUGCUUCAAUCAAUGCAGAAACUGAUAUUCCAUUGGUGCCCAGCAUCAGUGGCAUCAGCACAAAUGGAGAGUCAGAACAGAGCUUUGUUAUUCAUUGGCUCAACAAUAAGGAGAUGCAUUUCACUUCAGAGGCAGAGAACAUUCUUUUGGAGGUUAGCCGUCGUGCAAUGGAGAAAGAGUCUGCAUCUCUAGAUCAUGACCGUCAUUCAGAAGUGAGUGACCUUGAAGAUCCAAGACUUCGUGCAACAACAGGAAUACGUAUUGGUUCACGAACAUCAUCUCACAUGACUGUGCGCACCCGCAGUAUCGAUGAUGAUGAACCAAUUAGCCAGCACUCGACCUCUAUCCGCACACAUCAGCCUCUGAGUGCUGCCACUUCCUCAACUUCAAUUGCAACAGAUGUAACCACUGCAACUACUUCAGCUUUAGGAGAUGCCCUUGACCGACGGAUUGAGACAUUGCUUCGGGACUGGCAUCAGACAUCUGAUGUCCUCUUCUCAAUCCACCCAGUAGAUGGCUCUCUCUUGGUGUGGAUUGUGGAUUUCUUAGAUGAUCAUUCUGGCUCUUUCCGACAAGCUCAAGUGUCAUUCAGUGCCAGGAUACCCAAUGCUCUGCCACUGGGAGAUUCAAUGACAAUGUCACCUAACUUAGCCAUUUAUAAUGGCACAUUGCCAUCAUUCCUUAAGCAGCUUUUGAAAUUGGAACUAGCUCAUGAGGAGGAAUUACGGGGAGGAAAGAACAAGAGCAAGAGCAACCUAACCCUCUCUAGUAGUGAUGAGCGAGAGGGAGGGCUGGGAAGCAGCAGUCCAUCACCCAUCAUUUCCAUGACCACCAAACACAGUAAUGGCUCCCUCAACCUCUGGCAUCUGACUGUGGCUGAAGAUUCCCGCUUCACACAGGUGCUGAAUCUCUCACACUUCACAAGAGUUUGUGGUCACCGCUUCCAGUUGAAUGAUAUUAAAUGCCAUCCAGUCCUUCCAUUGCUCCUGUCAACAUCACAUCACAACAAGAAGGAAAUGUCUCCUGGGAACCCACCACUGGCUAGUGCAGAUGAUGCUCCACUGAUAUGCAUACAAGAUGCAACAUUUAAAGACUGGUGUAGUGAGUUAAUUUUGUGGCGUGUAGAUGCUGUUGGACCUUUAAGUAAAUCUGGAGGAGUCAUGGAACUGGCUCGUAUCAAUUCUCCACAAGUUUCUGCAUUCUCCAAUGCUGCGUGGAUUCCAACCUUGUUACCGAGCACAACUCUGGGAAGUGUGUCAAAUUCUCCAUCUGCCUGUUUCGUGGCUUCUGAUGGUGAAUGUCUGAGAGUCUACCAAGCAGUGAUUGAUGGCAGGGCUCUUCUGGCUGAGAUAUCAACAGCAAAGAGGAAGAAACGCAUGAUGGAAUCAACCCUGAGCCUCUCAACAGAUAGCUCUCUUCAAGAACAUGUUGGACAAGUGAAUUUGGCAGAUAUAUUUGACAUAACCUCUGAGCAAUCAACGGCAAGACCUGGGUGUGUGAUAGAACUUGAUGCAAUUGGUGAUGCAACCAAUGACUGGCAGAACACACAGUUCCUCCAUGUCUUCCAAGAGGGACUCAUAAGGGGUGAACUAGGAGCUGAAAGUGGUAAAGAUACAACCACAAUGUUUGAUCCAAUUCAUGCCCCUAUUGUGGACCUGCAUUCUACAGCUGUCUUUGAAGAGCCUUUCUAUAUCACACUGUUGGAGAAGACAGCUGCAGGCUCAGUGAUGCAUAUGUGGAGACUGGUAAUUGCGUCUGAGAGCCACGGUCAAGAAAGGAUGGAAGACGAAGGCCACAUUCCUUCCGGCCGUAGCACCCCUGUGGUCGAUAACAUGGCUGGGCAGAACAAUGUUGAUGCCUCCCCUAUUGUUAUUUCUACAACUAAGAUCUACUCCCAUGCUCUCCCCUUGCCAUAUGGAGUGCAGGUAAUCCAUGCAUCCCCUGCAGCAGGACACCUGAGCUCAGCUUCUAUAUACCCAGCCUGUUAUGCUCCAUAUGUGCUAGUGACAGCCUGCACAGACAACACAGUUAGGUUCUGGAGGUGUAGGAUGACAGGUGAAGGAGAUGCUAUCCAGAUACAGUGGGAGGAAUGGCGUAUGGUCAGCAAAGAUGGGAAGAGUGCCAUCAAGGUGCCAGGUCAACCGCUUCAUGUAAGUGUGGCUUACAGUGGAAGAAUUGCUUGUGCAUACCAAACUCCAGGGCAGCAGGCAACAGUAUCCACUGAUGCUGAUGGUUCCAUAACUUUCUCAUGUUCCUUGGCCAUCUAUGAAUGUGAAUCAACAGGAGGUGCUGAAUGGGUAUUAGAAGAUAAAUUUGACCUUCAGGAUGUAGUUACACAUCCAGGUGACUCAAAUUUGUCAGAUCUAGACUUGACUUACCUCUCCAAGGUUGCACAAGGCAAAUCAACAUCACGCUUGACAUCAGCUCUAAGUUCUGAAGAUCUCCCACAAGCAUGUCCAACAUCACCACAGUUUGCUCAUGACCAUUUGUCUGCAGAAGCAUUACAUUCAGUCACUAGUCAGCUCUUGGUCCCUAGUCCGAGCACCUUACAUUCCCUUCGCAAUCACCGAUUUGAUAAGAGAGGUGUAAAUGUGAAGCAAAAGCAUCCAGUGCAGAUUGACUGGGUCUCGCAGGAGGAUGGAUCUCACCUUCUUACUGUGGCUAUUGGGAGUAAGAUCUUGAUUUAUACAAGUGUUGCUGAUGAGAUUGCCCUGAUGAACUGCAGUGAAGGAAAUAAAGACAAAGAAGGACGGCCUAGGCCUGUGCUGCAGAAAUCCAUAUCAGUCCAUAAACUUAGUGAUACAAAAUUGCCAAGGUGGAUGCGCUUAGAAAAAUUAGGCUUGUCCACUGCAGAUGGUCUUGCACCACUGCCAAUGCAAGUGUCUUGGGUGCGUGAUGGCAUUCUGGUUGUGGGAAUGGAUAAUGAAAUGCACGUCUACUCACAGUGGCAUGUCCCAGCUGCAGAUCAAAAACAAGGUCAGCAACUGCAAGAGACAUCAAUCACAAAGGAAGAAGGGCGUGACUUGACUGAGGUUGACUUGAAGACGUACUUGCAAGAGUCCUCUCACACCACGAAGACCACAGCAUCCAUGUCUCGAGUGGCUUCUUUCUCAAUCCUGGCUUCCUUGGAUCACAAAAUGAAGAAGGGUCUAGGGGAAGUAAUGACCAACCCACUGGAUGAAUUAGAUGCUCCUGCAAGCUCAACCUCAGGCAUCUUUGAGGCUAGUCACAUAGCUGCUCCAGUGUUGCCCCAGUACCACCCACGCCAGCUAAUGGAACUUCUUAAUUCUGGCAAAAUAAGACGCGUCAAGGCCAUUCUGGCACAUUUAGUCAGAUGUUUAUCUCAACUUGGUCAAAGAAGCGCUGAUGCAGCUUACCGCACAAGCCUCUCAGAUGCAGAUGAACCUCGUAGUCGAUCAUGGUCAAGAUCCCGCACUUUAUCUGUAUCAGGAAAUCAGGGCGGUUCUUCAAGUCGGGAUGGCAGGGGAUCACCUUCACUGCUUCCAGAAGAGAUAACUCUUGAUUAUAUUGAAGUGACAGCAAUACCUCCUCUUCCUUUGUGGCUCCUUCUUGAAGCCGAUAAAGACACUCAGAAUCAACAGACGAAGAAAACGGAAAAUAAAGAAGAUACCUAUGCAGAAUUAUUUGGAGCUCCAACCAUGUCAGUGGAUGAUGACUUAACUCUUGAUGAUGAAGAAGUGGAUACUGGAGGCAGGAGGAAAUCACUGACCCAUGAGAGCAAGGGAAUUACCUUCUUUGGCCCACGGCAGACCCAAAUUUUGGCAACCUUGCUUACCCACACACAUUUGCCAGGAUUGUCAAGUCUUGACCAAAUGCAUCUUUUGGCCCUGUCAGACACAGUAGCCUCAUGUAAUGUUGACUUUGCUGAUCGCUUUGAUAUAAACAAGGCUAAAGAAGCACUGGCUAAGGAGACAUUUUCAAGAGCUGUUACAGAUGAGCCUUCUAUGGAUGCUCUUGAUGACUGUGGUUUACGGUUUCUCUUGGCAAUGCGUCAUCACACGUAUCUUCUUAGGUGUUUGCCCAUUGCUCAAAGGGCAGCUUUGCAGAAAGGUGGCAUUGGUAGUCACAGUUUUGUCUGGGCCUUCCACUCAGAGAGCCAAGAAGAGCUUUUAGAAUUUAUUCCAUCUAUGAGACAGGGCAAUCCUCGUUGGUCAGAGCUACGGGAAUUAGGCUUCGGAUGGUGGAUUAGAAACAACACAGUUCUGUCACGUUGCAUUAACAAAGUUGCGAAGGCAGCAUUCCAGUUACGUAAAGAUCCUCUUGAUGCUGCCAUUUACUAUCUUGCGAUGAAGAAGAAAAGUCUUGUUUGGGGUCUCUUCCGUUCUAUCAAUGACAAAAGGAUGACUGACUUCUUCUCCAAUAAUUUCACUGAGGAGAGAUGGCGAAAGGCAGCCCUGAAGAAUGCCUUUGCGCUCCUUGGAAAACAGAGAUUUGAACAUGCUGCAGCCUUCUUCCUCCUGGCAGGGGCUCUCACUGAUGCUCUAGAGGUUGUUUUGAAUAAGCUUCAAGACGAACAGCUUGCUUUAAUUAUUAUACGUCUCUAUGAAGGAGAACUGGAAGCUGUUCCCCCAACACUUUGUAAAUUGUUGCAUACUAGGGUGCUUGGAAAGGAUGAGCAAGGAGAGAACAUUGACCUUACAAAAGUUCAUCCCAAUCCCUUCCUUCGCUCGGUUGCCUUUUGGAUGUUGAAAGAUUACAGCAACUCCCUAAAUACACUACUACAGACAGACCCAGUACUUGGUAUACACCAUCAGGAAUAUGUGUCUGACAAAUCAAAAUCUUCAAGUGUGUUCAGUGCAGCUGAUCCAAGUGUAUUCAACUUCUAUAUUUACUUGAGAACUCAUCCACUGCUUAUCAGGCAGUGUAUUGCCAACAGUGCUAAAGAUGGAGGUGGAUCACUUAUGGCAGCAAGACUGGGGCCUGGCCAAGACAACCUGGAUAAGAAGAGUGUGUAUGAGAGUAGCAUGACACUUUUGGAGAGAAGACUUUACUUUACCACAGCUCAUGCCCACCUUAGAUCAGGAUGUCCAACCCUAGCUCUAGAGGUCUUAUCCAAGCUGCCAGACAAUGUCAUUGAUCCAGAUAAUCCUGAUACAGGAGAUCUCUUAGGAAGCCCAUCAAAGGAGCAAAGGCCAGCAUUUGAGCUAAUCCACUCAGGAACCUUUGAAAGCAGUGAUUCAUUUGAGCAGAGUGCAGUAUCCUCAGGAGGUGGGGACAAAGCAGCUGACCUGUUUGGUGCUAGCCCAGCAUUUGGAGUUGGUUCAUCAUCUGUUGGGUUUGAUUGGUCAACUCCAAGUUCAUUCCAAAGGAAGGAUGAUGAUUUAGAACUUGAUUUCUCCAUUGACAAAGAUGAAGAAGAAGAAGAUAUUGAUGACCUGGCAGAUGGAAAGAAGAUUCAUGCACAGUCUACAAAUGAGGAAGAAGAAGCACUAUCAGAUUCUCCUAGCAAGCAUCUAGACAUUAUGGCACAACAGCUGAAGUUUGUUUCCUGCCUCAAAAUGAUGAUGGAGGAACUAGCCACUCUAGCUACAGGUUGUGAGGUUGAUGGUGGACAGCUACGUUUCCAGCUCUAUGUUUGGCUUGAACGAGAGGUGGAAGCCCUGAAGGAAGUGUGCAACUAUUGCUGCACAUUGAGUGAUGGCGCUGACUUCAAGUUGUGGGAGGACUCCUUUUGGGAGAAAGUCCUAAUAGAAUCCAUACCUGCGGAUGAAGGUGGUGACAUACUAGCUCCAUCUCCUGUUCCUCUGGCUGAGCCGUCAACUCUGCACGAAAUCCUACAGCAGGAAAAGAUAGAAUUUGAAGAGAAAAUGGAAAGGGCAGCAAGAAGAAAAAGGUGGCUGAUGGCAAACCAACAAUUGCUCCGAACACUUCUCAGCUACUGUUCCCUUCAUGGAUCCAGUGGAGGAGGACUUGCUUCUGUUAGGAUGGAACUCAUUUUGCUUUUGCAAGAACUACAACAGGAAAGCAGCAAGCAGCAGCUUCUCUCACCCUUGCCAUUCCCAACAACUCUGCCACUUCUCUCUGCUUCAAUUGCAUCAAACAAGACUGUUGUGUCAGAUCCUGUUCGUCACUUACAGGCAGGCACCCAUGAUCUGCUACAGUCCCUUGUUGAGGUGUCUGGUGUUGGCCGACCAGAUGCACAUCUCAUGUGUCGGGCAACUGUUUUAAGGAAUCUUGCAGCUGCACUUUCUGCUUGCAUAUAUCAGUCUCUCUGUGACUCUGAAACAUUUACUGUCAAGGCCCAGCACAGAGUGGCAGCCCUUGGUGUGGAUAUUCAGCAUACAACAGUAGCUCACCGUGAAUCUCAUCUUGUGGGACGUGAUCUAAGAACAGGGACACCCCAUGAGGAGGAACCACUCCAGGUGUGCACUCCUCCCGCUAAGUGGCCAGGUGUCACUUCCCUUCUGGCAUUGAUUGCUCGUGAACGAGAUGAAGAUACUCCGAAGUUGAAUGUUCUCCUCUGUGAAGCUUUUGUUGCAGUGUACUUAAGUCUUCUGAUUUAUGGCAUUUCAGCCAGUGAUGCUUAUGUGUUAUACCGCCUUGUUGCACAACCUCUAACAGAAAAAGACUGGGCUACUAUGUUUGGAGGUGGAGUUAAGAAGUUAUUGAAAGUCAUCACAAAUGUAUUGCCUAGCCAAGCAUCUCUUGAAAGAGAAGGAGGUGCUGGAGCUGCCGUCAGUGGGGAGAGGAUUCUGUCAACGAUUUCUAGCUUACAGAAAACAAGGAUCAAAUUCAACAUGAAAUUGCUGGGUCAGCUUGGGUUUCAGGACCCUCGCGGGGCUGCCAGUGAUGGUGAUAGCAAGCCUGCAUAUCGGGAACAGUUUCUUCCUCCAGAAUUGUCAAUUGUGUCCAACCUCAUGAAGAAACCUCCUCUUCCUGGUGAAUGUGAGAAUAUUGAUUAUGAUUCAUCUGCAAGUGAUGAUGAGGAUCUAGAAAUUGAUUAUGAAGAGGAUGAAGAUGUGUUCAAGGAACCAAAGGUAAUAGCAGAUAACACUGAGCACAGUGACCCAGACUCGUAUUCAUGGUGCCUACUGCGACUUGCAACAAUGUGUGCUGCCAAAUCAGUUGUGGGAAGAUUCUUGGAAGUUGCAGGGGUGGAGUUACAGGGUAAGGGGAAAGAACUCCCAAUGCAAAGCCCUCUGCUGCAUUCCAUCCUGCGCACUCUGGACCAGUGGCUGGCCUCCCUGGUCAACCACAUUGAGAACAAGAAGGGACCACCACCUGAGUAUAUACCUGGCUGCUUUGCUGAGUCCCAGGUUACUGGACCGGCCAUCUUGAAGUACCGGGGGCUUCUGGAAACUCACAACACUCCCUUUGCGCAUAACAAGCGAGGUGUAAAGCCAGUAGAGCGCCUGUGGAACUACUUGGUACGACAAGAACAUGUCCAGGAGGUCUUUGUCAGAUAUAUCUUUGGACGGAAGAGACCAGCACCUGAACCUACACAGUAUUCUGAUCAUGGUGAUGAUGAUAUGAGUGAUGUUGUAGAUGGUAUAGAUGGUUCAGGGACUGGUGAAGGAGGAUCAGAAAUGGGCAUUGAGAGCCACCAUGAACCUUCAGAACAUGGUGGUCCACCAUCAGAAACAACAGUGCAGUCUCUGGAGCCUGUGCGAAUUAUCCACAAAGAACAGGAUUCCAUUACAUCUUUCUGUAUAAAUGGGGUGAAUCCGGGACUAAUGGCUAUAGCAACAGUAAGAGAAGUGCAGGAGCUUGAUGUAUCACUCUUGUUAGACCAUCCUGGCUGGCUCACCAAUGAAUGUGAACUGGAUGUUUUAGCUCUCAACAAGGAGCCAGAUACAGUACCAUCCUCAAACUUCCUGGUUGUGCAGACCCCCAUGGACAAGAAUAUUCUAGAAUCUGGUCGAGGAGGGCUGGAUGGAAACUUGUCCUCAUCAUCUAGUAUAAACUUUGGUGGUAUGGGUUCAUCUCCAAUGGGACAAACAGGCCGGGGUACCAGUGUGUUGAAGGAGUUAAAAGGAGUUAAUUUCCCUGGUUCCAACAACCCUCGUUUCUGUCGCUUCGUUUGGGAACGGAGCCGUCAUUACCUAAAGCCGGUAUUAAGUCAUCGGAUUGAAGGGACACGACGUAUGACUUCCCACCCAGUUCUUCCACUGUACCUAUUAGGCUGUCAGGAUGGGUCAGUUGUUGUGCGAGAGUGGCGUCAUAGCUCCAUCGUAGCCCGACCUCGGCCUGGUGGCACUUUCGCCAAGGUUGCACGUGUCCGCUUCAACCAGCAAGGAAACAAAUUUGGAGUUAUUGAUGGGGAUGGAAACUUGUCCCUCUAUCAACUAGGUUUAGCAUCACAAGUCAACAAGCAGUUCUAUACUCACCAGUGCCAUAAUAAGCAUGGCAGUGACUUUGUCUUCAUUGGGUCAUCCAGCCUCAUUGCAACAGCUGGACAGUCCUCGGAGCAUCGUAAUGUUGCACUCUGGGAUACUCUGAUGCCACAACGAAAAGCAAAUGUUGUCUCUUGGACUUGUCAUGAUAAUGGGGCUUCAGCUUUGCUCUAUGCUCCACAACAUCAAGUGAUCCUGUCAGCUGGUAAGAAAGGAACAGUGUGCAUCUUUGAUGUCAGACAGCGAACUCUGCGACAGAAAUUCCAGGCCCAUGAUGCUGCAAUCAAAUGUAUGGCAUUAGAUCAAAGUGAAGAAUUCUUCUGCACAGGAUCAGCUGAUGGCGAUAUUAAGGUAUGGGGACUUUCCAUCCAUAACCUGAUUUACAACCUGCCUGGUGAGCAUUCAAGAUCAUCUUUAUUCAAGAACUUGAGUCAAGGCGUAACACAGCUCCAACUGGACAAUAAGAAUCGGCUUUUCUCCUGUGGUGCUGAUGGCUCGAUCAAACUAAGACAACUCCCUGAAAGAGACUUGAAUAUAAGUCUCUUGUAAGGUGCAUCAUUCUAUUGUUUUAUUUGUUUUUCCUUUUGUAAUUACAGAACAUUUGUUAUGCUAAAGGGAAUAUUUAAAGGCACAGAUGCUUAGAUAGGUUGACUUCUCCAGAAAAAAAAAAAAAAAAUGCAACACAAUUUUGUUUCUAUGCAAUCUGUUAAAAAUCUAGGUACUAGGUCUUUAUAGAAAAAAACAUAGCAUUUUUUAAUGGUUUCACAGUUUCAUCAAUAAGUUGUUGUGCAUCUAAGGUAGUUUUAGUUGGUGCUAGCAGUGACUCAUGAAUUUAACAUUUUAUGCAGGAGUAUAGAAGAGGUAUCCUUAUUUGUAGGAAGUAUAUAUGUAUAUAUGAAUGGCAGUAACAUGUUAAGGCUGUGCGAACAUUACAGUUAAUUUAAGAGAAGUUUUUUCCACAGUAAGUUUCAGGACUUAAAAUAGGGUAUGCCAAUUAUUUUUGUUUUCCCAUGGAAAUAUGGAAAUGACUGGUUUCUGUUUUUCAACUUUCCUGUUUUUCCUCUGGUAUUUAUUAUUAUUUAUCUAAUGUAUGCUGAAAGCAUAAACUUAAAUGAAGCAAGUAUUAUAUGAGAUAGCUAUAGAUUAUAUUACAAAAAACAGCCACAGUUUUUGUGUAUAUGCUGAGUUGUAUCUCAGGUUAAUAUAUAAAAACAGAGAAGAUAUAAUAAAAUGAAUGAUGUGAUUGAUGUAUUGUUAAUGCUAAUAACAUGGAAUGUGUGUUGAUGUAUAUGUUUGUGUGCAUCUAUGUAUGUGGUUGUGUGAAAAGGUACUGUAAUAAUGUAGGUGUAUUAUGGGGCCAGUGUUGAGACCAUAAUGUGAAUGCAAAUGUAUCAUGGCCACUAGUUUAUCUGACUGCAUGUAAGUCAGAAAUAAUGGUAUAUUUCAGGACACUUAGUUGGAAUGACUAGAUGAGUAUGCAUUUGCUUAUAUAUAUAUACAUACACAGAAUGGUUCAAGCUGAAUGGCUGAAGUACAUUAAUGGUUUUCAUGUAAGAAACUAUCAUGUUUUAAUGACUAAUGCUGAACACGAAGCACUGAAUCAUGUGAACACAUUUUUGCUGUCUUCCUUUAAGUCUGCAGUAACCUUUUUUCAGAGAAGUUAUGUUGUGUUUUCACUCUUUAUUAAUUGAUUCUAAUGGCAAUUCACCUUGCUUUUUUUUCAAAUAGGCCACAAUUACUGCAUAGCUGGUGUUGAAUAAAUAGGGACAGUAAAAUAUAAUUUUUCUAAUUUGUGGGAAAUGAUGCAUAGUCUUGUAUAAGAAAUGUAACAGCACUGAUACUGGACACCCAUAUUGUGUAUAUAUAUGUACAUACACCGUCGUGUAUAUACACACUUGCAUCCACUUCAACCUUCUUAACCAUACUACAGUUCUUGUGCCACAUAGAAUUCUAAUAAAAGUAUAGAGAUUAUGUUAACUCAGAUGUAAAAUGAAAUACAAUUAAGAAAAAGCUAUCUCAAAACCUAUCCUCUUCUGUUUAUAUGUAUAUGAAUUUACUUAGGUUUUAGAAUUACAAAAAUGUUCAGUUUUAAAGUUUUAUUAUAAUAUAUACUUUAUAUCAUAGGUUUUUUUAAUUGUUUAAUUUGUUAAUGACAAAUAUAAAUAUAUGUAAGUAGAUGCUUGUUGAUCCAAACUCAUCUGCUUAAAGUUUUUAAAAAAUCACAUAGUUAUUUUUAAGGAUAUUGAAGAAGAGAAAAGCAUGUGCAGUGAGAGAGUCAUUCAUCUUCUGUGUUGGAAGAAUGAAAAGUAAAGUUGAAUAGACAUGUUGAUGCUUUUUCCCCUCAUAGUGAAUAGCAGAAUUCAGAUCUGGUUCGAAGUGGAGCUUCAGCAGGUCAUUUCGGUGAAAUUUUGCCUCCCAUUGUAUAUCAUAGUUGAUGAAAGUCUGUCAUCACCAAGGAAAGACCAUUUACUUGGUUUUGGAUCUCCUUAUCUUGUUAUAUACCUUGAUAUAUCAAUAUAUAUGCUGAAAUGUCAAGAAUAAUGUUGUAUUGUAACAAAUAAUUAUAUGAUUUUUAUUAAAGUCCAUGUUGUAUGGUUGUAAUGGUAGCAGCAGAGUGUAACCAAUACAUUAUAAUUUUCCUGUUUUUAAACAGCAGUGAAUCUAGGAAUGUGGUAAUUAUCUUUUGUUGUCAAAUAUAUAUAUAUACCUUCUUGUUUGUAAAUAACACUUUGCUUGGCAGUAUUUCCAUAAAUUUGUUGAUCAUUUACAAUAAAUACAGCACAUUUCCAAUGUAGCUAAAAAGAUCGAUCCACUGGCAUCGUACAUUCCAGAUUUUAUAUUUUUGUCCCAAGUAUUAUAAAGAAAUAAGGUCAUAAUAAUGUAUUGUGAAGGUUAUAUGUAUACAUAGUUUUGUGGAAUGGAUAUAAAUGUUAGAGUGAA